UAUGUGAACCAUGUCUGCACCAAUGCCAUACCAAAGGCUAUGACACUUCAAGAGAUUCAGGCUGAAACAGAGAAAGAUUCCACACUCCAGUCACUGAUCAAGGCGAUCGAGACAGACCGCUGGACUGAUUCUGAGAUACUAGACUACAAAAGACUCAAGGACAAGCUACUGGUCUACAGUGGAGUGGUACUGAGAGGUAACAGAAUCGUAGUCCCAAGCAAGCUGAGAGAAAGAGCUGUAGAGCUGGCACAUGUGGGACAUCAGGGCAUCGUAAAGACAAAGCGUUUAAUUCGUGAGAAAGUUUGGUUCCCUGGAAUAGACAAGAUGGUCAAAGAUAAAAUCGAUAACUGCCUAGCAUGCUAAGCAGUAACUCCAAGCAAGACAUCACAAAUUGAACCUCUGGAGAUGACACCGCUACCUAGUGGACCAUGGAAAAUGCUAGCAAUGGAUUUCUUUGGACCAUUCCCUUCGGGUGACUAUCUCCUAGUUGUCAUUGACAAAUACAGCCACUUCCUGGAAGUUGAGAUUGUCAAGUUCGUAUCAGCCAAAUCUGUUAUCCUGAGGCUCAACGCCAUAUUUGCAAGGCAGGGAAUCCCGGACGAGCUAAAGACCGACAAUGGCCUCCCUUUUAACGGAGUUGAGUUCAGCAACUUUGCGAAGCAUUUAGGAUUCCAUCACAGGAAAGUUCAACCUCUUUGGCUGAGAGCCAAUGGCGAAGCAGAACGUUUUAUGCCAAACCUUGAGAAGUGUGUGCGAACUGCUGUCGUUGAAGGCAAAAAUUGGAAACAGGAACUGUACAAAUUUCUCAGACAGUAUCGUGCAACACCGCACACGACCACGAAUGUAUCCCCAAGUGAAGCACUCAAUGGAAGAAAACUCAAGAUCACCCUGCCAGAAGUAUCACCAACACCAGCUAGAAAGCAUACCCUGCAGGAGACUCAGAAGACCAUGGCAGAGAGAGAGGCAGAACAGAAGUCAAAGAUCAAGGCGUAUGCAGACUCGAAACUGAACACAAAACCAAGCAAUAUCAAACCAGGAGAUACAGUGCUUGUGAGACAAACAAAGAAAAACAAAUUAAGCACACCUUUUAAUCCAGAACCCCUUGUUGUAGAGGAAAAGAAAGGAUCUAUGGUUACGGCUAGCGACGGUUUCAAGUCCAUAACGCGAAACUCAUCCAUGUUUAAAAUCAUCCCGAAAGAUCUGAAAGCUGAAGGAGAUCGCAGAGAACAGGAAGAACCAGAGGACUUCCCUGCUGAACAAGCCGAAGUUUCGACACGAGAUGAAGAUCCAAACCCCCAAGCACAAAUGAUGGAGGCCUGCRGAGGUCACAGAGACAGAGGAGACCCCCAGCGAGGCUUGCAGAUUAUGUUCAAAUAAUCUACUAGCAUAAACACUGAACACUUUUAGAGACCCGUCACUAGAAGGCAUGCUUAUCGCUUGUUGAUGUUAUUGUAAAAUUGUUUACCUAGUUAGUCGACAUAUAUGAUUGUAAGUUUAUUGUCAAGGAGGGGAGAGAUGUAGUGUUGUGACAUCUGUCAAUCAUACGAGCACGUGGUCAGAAAAGGAGUUCAUACUCCCCUUGUAGUCGGUGCGAGAAUGUAGUCAAUAAAUCAGAGUUGAGUUUAACUUGCGGUGGUUUUCACUUAAACGGUACAACACCACACUUACCAAUUCCAAAGAACUGUUUAUUGGGACUGUGAUUAUGGCAAACUGUCAACAUAUUUUGCGUUUUGCCACAUGCCAAUUCCUGUUUUGUUUAAACCCCAGAUCCUGAAAAUACCCUUCCAAACCAUGAUGCACUAACC